AUGAAGUGCAUCAUUUUACUGGCCAUCUUUGCUGCGGCAUUUGCUGCCCCCUUUGACGAUGAUGAUGAUGAUAAGAUCGUUGGAGGGUACGUGUGCCCUAAGAACAGAGUGCCCUACCAGGUAUCUCUGUAUUCUGGGUAUCACUUUUGCGGAGGUUCUCUGAUCACCAGCUUGUGGGUGGUCUCAGCUGCCCAUUGCUACAAAUCGUCUAUCCAGGUGCGUCUGGGUGAGCACAACAUUGAUGUCAAUGAAGGCACUGAGCAAUUCAUCUCUUCCUCCAAGGUCAUCAGGCACCCCAAUUACGACAGCAACACCCUCAACAAUGACAUCAUGCUUAUUAAGCUGAAAUCAGCUGCCACCAUCAACAGCUAUGUGCGCACCGUGCCCUUGCCCAGCACCUGUGCCCCUGCUGGUAUCUGGUGCCUGAUCUCCGGAUGGGGAAACACUCUCAGCAGUGGCACAAACUACCCCUCCACUCUGAGAUGCCUGGGCCCUAUCCUGAGUGACACCGUUUGCAGAAACUCCUACCCUGGUGAGAUCACCUCCAACAUGUUUUGUGCUGGCUUCGUAGAGGGCGGAAAAGACUCCUGUCAGGGAGAUUCUGGUGGCCCAGUCGUGUGCAAAGGUCAGCUGCAGGGUAUUGUGUCCUGGGGUUAUGGCUGUGCCCAGAAGAACAGGCCUGGUGUCUACACCAAAGUCUGCAACUUCAAUUCCUGGAUCAUCAGCACCGUAAAAAACAAUUAGAUCUUUCAUCUCAUGAUUGGUUGAAAAGUGACUACUGCUGUAGCCUAGUUGGUUUUUGGUAGUUAGCUAGUUAGUUUAGCAGGUCUAGCAGAUUUAAUUACUUAUAAAAGAACUUCUACAUCUAAAAGAAAGUGGUUCUGAGUGACUGGGCCUGGGCAAUAAUCUGA